GGCGAGACAGCAACUUAGAGCUGUCAAUCUCGUAGACAUGGGCAUCCAUUGAUGGUUGAGCCAUGGCAAAGAAAGGAACCUUCAAUGGCACCUUCUUUGGCAACUUCAGUUCAAGGUUACAUGGGACGCCUGUGCGGUUCGGGCUUUUGCUGGGCCAGCCAGUGGAAGAUGGCCUGGGCGAUGUGCUGUUUGCAGCGGCCACGCCGGAGCUUGCUCAGGAGGAGGGAGAGCCUUCGACUCAGCCAAAGGAGCUUGUGUCGCUGCUGAAGUCCUCUGCCAACGGUGUCUCUUUCACCGAGUGGGCCAAACAGCACGCCUCGGCGGUGCGAAAGCUGCUGCCGGCUGGCUUGGAGCCUUUGGGCUGCUUCGUCGUGGCCAGCGAGGCCAUGGUCAAAGAUCUUGCGCCGCUCUUGGUGCCGAUCUUGCUUCAAUUCUCGGAACCAUUGGUUCUCAGUAUCGAUCCGUCUACGAGGAAGAACUCCUUUUGGCAGUUGGCCGCGGGCUUCAAGCCGGCCUUGCGGCCAGCACAGAUGAAGCCAGACAACUACAAGGAUCAUGUGCUAUUGUGGACGGUCACCAACAUAGACAUCCUGCUCCCGCAGAUUUACAGUCACGAAGCCGGGAACGUGGAUGAGUUGGCAGCAGAAGUGAACAGGCUGGUAGAUGAGUCCUUGAAGUCAUGCCUGACCAGCCUUUGCAGCGAGCGUAGCGUUCCUCAAGUGGUCGACCUCGACAGCGAGUCGAUCCUGGCAAGCGCGCUGCCCAAGGACUGCCACCAGCUCAGAGUUGCCUUCCUACGUCCUGCCUCCGUGUUGCGGGCUGGUGAGGGCACGUUGAGACAACGCUGCGUGCUGACGUCCAGUGCUUUGCUCCUGCGGCAGAAUGUGGAACUGCGUCAUGCAGUGGCCAAGCUACGGGAGGAGUUGGCCGCCUCUGCGGCCGAGCGAGUCCGUUUGGCCCUGGAAGAGUGCGAAAAUCCAGGUGGUGUCUUACACUUGCCCUGGCGAAGCCUCUUCACACCCGAGGACUUGCAGUUUCCUGUUUGGCUCGGGGACUACUGCAUGCCAGAUGAGGCCCAUGAAGCCGCCAAAGAGCGUUUGGGACAGCUCCUAGGCAUCCAGGAAAGUGCUUUGGAAGAGGCGCCGGAGUAUCUGGAUGAGCACACCAUCCUGAAGGCCAAGCACGAGGGCACCUACCGACCACGCACGAUGGAGCAAGCGAAAGCUCCACCUGCCAAGGAGAAGGAGAAGGCACAGGGCUCUACACCUGCCGUGCCAGCGCUCGCGGCAUGCGUAGGGAUGGUGGUCCUGAUCCUGGCCGUGGCAAUUCCCAAGUUGCUGUGAGGUCGUGGCAGAAGCGAAGAAGAUGAUAGAUAGUGGCCAAAAAGUGUGGCUCAGCAGGGGGGUUGUUUGACAUGCAUGAAGAUUGUGAUGUAUUUGGUUUUGGUCCAUAAGACCAGCAUCAUGUGCUUUCACCACCAGGUGUUCCAUUUCCAGUGGAUGAAACCACCUCCUAGUCGAGUCCUCAUCCAACAUACUCAGCCGGUGUGAAAUACCCGCUGUCGCCUUUGAUUUCUGUCAUCUGUCACGUAGCCCACGUAGCCGCUUCUCUCGGACGAUCCAU